GGAGGGCGGGGCCGGCGGGGGGACCUGCUGCUGGAAGAGCAGCGGCCCGGGCCGGGGCUAUGGCGAAGCUGCUGAGCUGCGUCCUAGGACCCCGGCUCUACAAAAUCUACCGGGAAAGGGACUCAGAAAGGGCCCCGUCUGGCGUCCCUGGGACUCCAACUUCAGUCAGUACCGCCUCUUCCAGCUCCUGGGAUACGUAUUAUCAGCCCCGUGCCCUCGAGAAACAUGCCGACAGCAUCCUCGCGCUGGCUUCAGUCUUCUGGUCCAUCUCUUAUUACUCCUCUCCCUUCGCCUUCUUCUACUUGUACAGGAAAGGUUACUUGAGUUUGUCCAAAGUGGUGCCGUUUUCUCACUAUGCCGGGACAUUGCUUCUACUGCUGGCGGGAGUGGCCUGCCUCCGAGGCAUUGGCCGCUGGACCAACCCCCAGUACCGGCAGUUCAUCACCAUCUUGGAGGCAGCACAUAGGAACCAGUCCGCAGAGAACAAGAGGCAGCUUGCCAACUACAACUUUGACUUCAGGAGCUGGCCAGUCGACUUCCACUGGGAAGAACCCAGCAGCCGGAAGGGGUCCCGGGGGGGCCCUUCCCGCCGGGGCGUGGCCCUGCUCCGCCCAGAGCCCCUGCACCGGGGGACGGCAGACACCCUCCUCAACCGGGUCAAGAAGCUGCCUUGUCAGAUCACCAGCUACCUGGUGGCACACACCCUGGGCCGCCGGAUGCUGUAUCCAGGCUCCGUGUACCUGCUCCAGAAGGCCCUCAUGCCUGUGCUGCUGCAGGGCCAGGCCCGGCUGGUGGAAGAGUGUAAUGGACGCCGGGCAAAGCUGCUGGCCUGUGACGGCAAUGAGAUUGACACCAUGUUUGUGGACCGGCGGGGGACAGCCGAGCCCCAGGGACAGAAGCUGGUGAUCUGCUGUGAGGGGAACGCAGGCUUCUAUGAGGUGGGCUGCGUCUCCACCCCCCUGGAAGGUAGGUCCCUGGCUCAGCCGCCUUCUCUCUGCCCCUCGGAAUGGAGUGUCUCCAUCUUCCUGCGUGAAGCUGGAUAUUCAGUCCUGGGCUGGAACCAUCCCGGCUUUGCUGGAAGCACGGGGGUGCCGUUCCCGCAGAACGAGGCCAAUGCCAUGGAUGUGGUGGUCCAGUUUGCCAUCCACCGCCUGGGCUUCCAGCCCCAGGACAUCAUCAUCUAUGCCUGGUCCAUUGGCGGCUUCACUGCUACGUGGGCAGCCAUGUCCUACCCAGACAUUAGCGCCGUGAUCCUGGAUGCCUCCUUCGAUGACCUGGUGCCCUUGGCCUUGAAGGUUAUGCCAGACAGCUGGAGGGGCCUGGUGACCAGGACCGUGAGGCAGCAUCUCAAUCUAAACAACGCGGAACAGCUGUGCAGGUACCAGGGCCCUGUGCUGCUGAUCCGCAGAACCAAGGAUGAGAUCAUCACCACCACGGUUCCUGAGGAUGUCAUGUCGAAUCGAGGCAAUGACCUCCUGCUGAAGCUGCUGCAGCAUCGGUAUCCCCGUGUGAUGGCAGAGGAGGGGCUUCGAGUGGUGAGGCAGUGGCUGGAGGCCUCCUCACAGCUGGAGGAAGCCUCAAUUUACAGCCGAUGGGAAGUGGAGGAGGACUGGUGCCUGUCGGUCCUCCGCUCCUACCAGGCCGAGCACGGGCCCGAGUUCCCCUGGAGCGUGGGGGAGGACAUGAGUGCAGAUGGCAGGCGGCAGCUGGCCUUGUUUCUGGCUCAGAAGCAUCUGCACAACUUUGAGGCCACACACUGUACCCCGCUCCCGGCCCCCAACUUCCAGAUGCCCUGGCACCUCUAGGGACCACACUGGGACUCAUUCUGGAAGAACAGAUGGGAGGAGACUUGAGGAAGGACCCUAUUAUUUGUGAUUCUCUGAGUUUAUUUUGCUGUUUAUAGUUUGUGGCAAGUGGGGGACCAUCCCCCCUCUCACUGUUCCUCUUGCACGUUUCCCCUGAUCCAUCUGGCAGUACCUGACCUUCCCCAAAACACACCCUGCAUUAAAUGAAUGGAUUAUUCCUAAUAAUUAAUAAAAAGGUAUUUUUUCUA